AUGGCUUCCAACGUCAAGUUCAACGCGCCCCUGGCCGUCACUCACAUUGGAACAGCUACAGCCAUCAUUCACGUUGAUGGCAUCAACCUCUUGACAGACCCCGUCUUCUCGCCCGCCGGUACCGAAUGGGACGUUGGCGUCGUGGUGCUCAAGAUCUCCGAUACCCCUGCAAAGGGGUUGACCAGACUCCCGCACAUCGAUGCCGUCCUACUCAGCCACGAGGAUCACCCAGACAACCUGGACGAGCCGGGGCGCGCGACGCUUGACGGAAGGCACGUGUUCACUACCCCUGACGGCGCGAAGAAGCUGGCGCCGAGGCCAGAUGUGAGGGCUAUCCAGCCUUGGGAAACCCUUCCUCUUGACAUAGGCGGCAAGCGCUUCGAGAUUACCAGCACGCCCUGCGAGCACCUCCCCGGCGGCGAGGUCACGGGCUUCAUCAUCUCGGCCCCGUCCUUCGGCACCACCGACGGCAAACCCAACGCCAUCUACUUCUCGGGCGACACCAUCUAUCUACCGGAGCUAGCCAAGAUGAAGAAGCGCUUCCAUAUCUCGGUCGCUCUUCUCAACAUCGGCAAGGCCACGGUCCCGCUGCCCACCGGCCCGCUGGCGAUUACCAUGGAUGGUGCCGACGCGGCGAAGCUGUUCAAGGAGCUCGAGGCCGACGUGCUCGUGCCGAUGCACUUUGAGUCGUGGGGUCAUUUCGCCGAGAAGCGGGAGGAGCUCGCGGCGUCGCUGGAGAAGGAGGGGGUGAUGGACAAGGUGCUGUGGUUGGAACCUGGGGUGAAGAUGACGCUUGUUUGA